ACAGGCGUGGGUCACGCUCUCGCUCGCUCGCUCUUUCUGCCGCCAUCUUGGUUCCGCGUUCCCCACACAGAGCCAGACCGGGAUCCUCUCCCUCGGGUUGAGAACGCAGUGGUAAUUGCUUCUGUGUGGGAUUUGGAGUGUGGAAUAAAACGAAUCCCUGGGCACUGGGAAAUCCGCUCUCCGCGGAGUGAAGAGGAGCGAUAAAAAGAAAUGCCCGGUGAAGCCACAGAAACCGUCCCUGCUACAGAGCAGGAGUUGCCACAGCCCCAGGCUGAGACAGCUGUGCCUCCUGUGUCUUCAGCCUUGAGUGUCACUGCUGCUUUAGGGCAGCCUAAACCUACCCCUACCCCUCCUUGUUCCCUGGCCACCCAACAAUGCCCUCUGGCAACCCCUGACCAGCCUUCCCCAUUCCUUUCUCCCUCUACCAUUGCCUCAACCCCUUUUGAAGCUCCUUUUCUCCAGUCAUCCCAUGGGACAGCCCUGCCUUUGGGAGCUGCCCCUCCCACUGACACCCCCAUUUUCUUACCAAACCUAAUAGGGCCUCCCAUCUCCCCAGCUGCCUUAGCUCUGGCCUCUCCCAUGAUAACUCCAACUCUGAAAGGUGCUCAUUCCUCUUCAGCUCCCUUGGCUCUGGUGGCCUUGGCUCCCCACUCAGUUCAGAAGAGCUCUGACUAUCCCCCUAAUGCUCUUAGUUCACCUCCUUCAGUCGCCGUGAUUGAGUCGGGGUCAGUGACAUCUCUGUCAGCUCCAGUUGCUCGCUCAGAACCAAAGCCUUCUCCUAGUCAAGCUCCCUCUCAAGUAAUUCCGAAUCCAAAGGGUAUUCCCAACCCUCCAAGUAUAGUCAGUGCUAUCCCUUCCCAUCUUGUAACUCCUUUGGCCUCUAUUCAGUCUGACCUACCCUCAUGUUCUCAGAUAGCACCCGCCACUCCCCCAGCCAUCCCUUCCCCUCAAGUCAAAGGUGUCUCUGUUUCCUCGGCUCUGACUGCUCCCCAAAACCCUGUGCGCCUCAGCCUAAAGGGACCGCUUAGUCCACCUGCUGCUUCAUCUCUUUCAACUCAGUCUUUUGCUGAGGCUGCUGGGUCCCCCCCAGUUUGCCUCACUUCUCUGGGCUCUCCUCUUACACCUUUACAUCAGAGUUCUCCUGUUCAAACUUCAAGUUCUAAUAUUCUGUCAGAUCCCACAGAAGAUACUAUUUUUGUAGAUGAUUCUUCUACAGAUGCCUUUUCUCAGAGAUCUGUAAUUCCUCCCCUUCCUUCCAGAAAUGAGGUGGUUCCUACUGCUGUGACUGCUUUUCCAGGGGGGACUCCAACUUCCUCUCUGGCUCUGUCUGCUGACAAAGGCAUCUCUGCUGUCACUGACCUCGCCUCCUCAAAUGUAGUUGCCUCUUCUCCAUUAUCUCCUACAGCCUCUCUAAUUCUCAAAGAUUUUCCUAGUACAGCAGCCCCGGUAGCACCUAAAGAUGCCCCCUCUCCCCAAAGUACAUCGUCUUCCCCAGAGAUAGCUCUUUCUCCUGAAGCCACCCUAGCAACAAAAAGCUACCUAGAGCCUCUCCCUGUAGUGAAGCCAGCCAGUACUACUCCCUCUUCUCUGAGUGUUAACUCCCCAGUCUCUGUAAUCAGGACAGAUUCUUAUACAAGCCCAGACCCAACUAAUCUGCUUCUCAAAAGUUCUUUCACUACCCCAACUGUAGCUGCAUUUCCUUUGGAAAGUGCUGCCAUUGAUGGAAUGGCUCCUACAACUGCCAAAGGUACUUCCUCUCCUUCAAAUGUAGCCAGUCCUUCCACUCUUACUACUUUACCUUUGAUGCCUCCAACCUCUGAAAGUUGCCCUAUGGCUCCAGUAGUGACUUUAUCUUCCCAGAAUGCUUCUGCUUCUCUAGCUCCUAUGGCACAAGUCCCUGAAAUUCCCAAGUCUGAGUCUUCUACCCCUCUGCCUCCAACUGGUACUCCUCAGGGUGAAAAGAAAGUUCAUGGCAUUUCUCAAACCUCACCAUUGGCACCUGUGGCUUCUGCUCCUGAAGGGUACCCAACUAAAGACUCUGGUGCUUCUGUUACUGCAUCUUCCAAAGGAAUGUACCUAGCUGACUCCCCAUCUCCUUUAGGGACUACUGUGUCUCCUCAGCCUAAAAGAAUUCCAACCAAGAAGGGUUCAGCUACUGCUCCCUUAAGUCUUGCCCCUUCUGCUUCUAAAAGUGUACCUGCUAUCCCUGAUACUCCUGCUGGAAAUCUCUCGUUUACUGUUUCUCCAGUUGAAGCUUCCUCUCUUCCAGAGGCCGAUCUUCCUUUUCAUGUCUCUAAAGGAUCACUAGCCGAGAAGCAUUCCCCUACUCCCCCAUCCCCCAGAGAGGCUCCUGUUCCCUCGCCUAUGGUUCCUUCCCCCAAGGAGGGGCCAGCAUCCCCAUCCCCUAAAGAGACCCUUACUCUAGCUGUGACCCCUUCCACCCCCAAAGGAGCCCCAGCAGCUCCUUCCCCUAAAGAGGCUCCCACUCCCCUAGCUAUGACUCCUCCUUCACCCAAAGGGAGCUCAGCAACCACAUUACCUAAAGAGACUCCCCUUCCUGCUGUGACCCCUUCCUCCCCAAAAGGAGCCCCAGCAACUCCUUCCCAAAAGCAAACCCCAGCCACCCCACCUCCCCAAGAGGCUCCCACUUUCCCAGCUAAGGCUCCUCCCUCUUCCAAAAGAACCCCAGUUAACCCACCUCCAAAGGAGGAGUCCACUCCCCUAGCUGUGACUCAUUCUUCCCCCAAAGAGAGCCUAGCAAUCCCGCCUCCCAAAGAGACUUCCUCUCCCUCAGCUCUGACUCCUCCCUCCCCCAAAAGGGGCCCAGCAACUCGAUCUCCCAAAAAAGCCCCAGCUAGCCCACCUCCAAAGGAAGACUCCACUCCCCCACCUGUGACUCCUCCCUCCCCCAAAGGGAGCCCAGCGACUCCAUCUCCCAAAAAAGCCCCGGCUAGCCCACCUCCAAAGGAAGAUUCCACUCCCCCACCUGUGACUCCUCCCUCCCCCAAAGGGAGCCCAGCCACUCCAUCUCGCAAAGGAGCCCCGGCUAGCCCACCUCCAAAGGGAGACUCCACUCCCCCACCUGUGACUCCUCCCUCCCCCAAAGGGAGCCCAGCCACUCCAUCUCCCAAAAGAGCCCCGGCUAGCCCACCUCCAAAGGGAGACUCCACUCCCCCACCUGUGACUCCUCCCUCCCCCAAAGGGAGCCCAGCCACUCCAUCUCCCAAAGGAGCCCCGGCUAGCCCACCUCCAAAGGGGGAUUUUACUUCCCCAGCUAUGACUCCUCCGUCUCCAAAAAAGGCCCCAGCAACUCCAUCACCCAAAGGAACCCCCACUCCCUCUGCUGUGACUUCUCCUCCCCCCAAAAGGGGUCCAGCAACCCCACCUCUCACAGGAGACCCUGCUCCCCCAUCUGUGGCUCCUCUCUCCCCCAAAAGAGCUUCAGCAACUCUGGCUCCCAAAGAGUCUCCAGCAACUCCAGACCCCAAAGAGGCCUCAGCAGCAGCAUCACUCAAAGGAACUCCCACUCCUUUAGCUGUGGCUCCUCCCUCCUCCAAAGGGACUCUGGCCCCCAAAAGAGCCUCAGCAACUCCAGACAACAAAGAGGUCCCUACUUCCCCAGCCGUGACUCCUUCCACCAAAAAAGCAACAGGGACCCCUGUCCCCAAAGGAGUGCCCACUCCCUCAGCUGUAAUUCCUCCCUCCCCCAAAAAAUCUCCAGUCCCCAAAGGGGCCCCAGCAACCUCAUCCUCCAAAGGGGCUCCCACUCCCCCAACUGUGAUUCCUCUCUCUCCCAAAGAGGCCCCUACUUCCCCAGUUUCAGUCACAUGUCCCUUGGGGUCCACUACCCCUCAGGCAUCUAAAGGGCCCCCAAUAAAGAAAGGCCCCACAGCUGUCAAAGCAGUGCUUGAUGGUUCAGCUCCAGAAAGUGCACCAGUCAUCACAACUCCCACUCAGAAAGGUCCAGCAGCCAAGAAGAGUUCUAUUUCACCACCUGUGUGCCCAGAUCCCUCAGCUCAGAAUGGUACUAAAGGACCCCUUCCUGCAGUGGCUCCAGCUCCUCUACUGACAGUCUCUACUCAGAAAGGUUCUUCUCCAAAGGUUCCAAAAGCCCUCCCUGUCUCUCCCUUAAAGGGCAAAGAUUCUUUCCAUUCCCCAAAGGGCCCCUUGCCUCCUCCUUCUGAGUCAGAGACAUCUACCCCUUCAGCAACAGCUGCCCCAGAGAAGAUACUUCCUAAAGCUGGAUCAGUGUCUGUCUCUCCAGCACCUACCCCAUCAGUCUCUCUGCCUCUUGCUUCCUCCCCAGUUCCCCCUCUGCUUCCUAAACAGCAAUUUCUGCCGUCCUCACCUGGGCUGGUGCUGGAAUCACCCUGUAAGCCCUCAGCCCCUGCUGAUGAGGAUGAGCUGCCGCCUCUGAUUCCCCCGGAACCAAUCUCGGGGGGAGUGCCUUUCCAGCCGGUCCUCGUCAACAUGCCCACCCCUAAACCUGCUGGGAUCCCUGCCCCAACCCCCUCUGCCAAGCAACCUGUUGUGAAGAACAAUAAGGGGUCUGGAACAGAAUCUGAUAGUGAUGAAUCAGUCCCAGAGCUUGAGGAACAGGAUUCUACACAGGCAACCACACAACAAGCUCAGCUGGCAGCAGCAGCUGAAAUUGAUGAAGAACCAGUCAGUAAAGCAAAACAGAGCCGGAGUGAAAAGAAGGCACGGAAGGCUAUGUCCAAACUGGGUCUUCGACAGGUUACAGGGGUUACUAGAGUCACUAUCCGGAAAUCUAAGAAUAUCCUUUUUGUCAUCACAAAACCAGAUGUGUACAAGAGCCCAGCUUCAGAUACCUACAUUGUUUUUGGGGAAGCCAAGAUUGAGGAUUUAUCUCAGCAAGCACAGUUAGCAGCUGCUGAGAAAUUCAAAGUUCAAGGUGAAGCUGUCUCAAACAUCCAAGAAAACACACAGACUCCAACUGUACAAGAGGAGAGUGAAGAGGAAGAGGUUGAUGAAACAGGUGUGGAAGUUAAGGACAUAGAAUUGGUCAUGUCACAAGCAAAUGUGUCGAGAGCAAAGGCAGUCCGAGCCCUGAAGAACAACAGCAAUGAUAUUGUAAAUGCUAUUAUGGAAUUAACAAUGUAACCAUCUGAAAAGAGGACCUUUUUUUGGUGUUUCAAAAGAGUAACUGCAGCUGGGUUUGAAAUUUGUACUGUUUCUAUCAUUAAUUAAAGUUAUGGCUUCUUGUUGGAUG